GAUUCCGAAGUAUAAAAGCCCAACCGGGCGGACAUUCCGAUUGAAGACCGCUCAGGAUGAAGCUGCUGGCAACUCUCUGCUUGGGUCUCGUACUCGGCCUCGCCGCCUCACUGCCCCUCGCAGAUGUCGCCCAAGGAGAUGAAGGUGUCCAAGAGGCUCCCCUGCCGGACCGAUGUGACGGUUUAGAGUUUGACGCCAUCACUCCGGAUGAGAAAGGAAACACCAUCUUCUUCAAAGGUGCCCACCUGUGGAACGGCUUCCACGGCCCGGCUCAGCUCGCCAACGAGCUCUUCAAGGAACUCGACGACGAUCAUCACAUCGGCCACGUCGACGCCGCCUUUCGCAUGCACGACCCGGACAACCACGACGACCACGAUCACAUUUAUUUCUUCCUGGAUGACAAGGUGUUUAGCUACUAUAAUCAUAGUCUGGAGAGCGGGUAUCCAAAAGCAAUACAGGAAGACUUCCCCGGAGUCCCGUCUCAUUUGGAUUCAGCUGUGGAGUGCCCUAAACAAGAGUGUGCGACCAACUCUGUUCUCUUCUUCAAGGGACACGACGUGCAUGUUUUUGACCUUGACACCAAGCAGGUGAAAACAAAGACGUGGGCCAACCUGCCGGUGUGCACGUCGGCUCUGCGCUGGCUGGAGCAUUACUACUGCUUCCAUGGUCACAACUUCACCAGAUUCAACCCGGUCACCGGAGAGGUGAGCGCCGGCGGCUACCCGAAGGACGCCCGCAAUUACUUCAUGAAGUGUGCCGAUUUUGGCCACGGGGGUAAUUAUGAAAUCCUGAAAUGCAGCGACGUCAAAUUAGAUGCCAUCACCACGGACAACCAUGGCAAAACGUAUUUUUUUGCGGGACCCAUCUACAUGCGUCUGGACACCGAUCGCGACGGUCUGCACGCAUUCCCGAUCACGAGGGGGUGGAAGGAGAUGACCAGCGGGGUGGACGCCGUCUUCUCCUACACGGACAAACUGUACAUGAUUAAGGGUGAUCAAGUGUACAUCUUUAAAUCGGACGCGCAUCACACCCUCAUCGAAGGCUACCCGAAAUCCGUCAAGGAAGAGUUGGGCAUCGAGGGACCUAUAGAUGCUGCCUUUUUGUGCCCCGAUCAAGAUAUGGUUCACAUCAUCAAAGGAGGUCAUAUUUACGACAUUAAUCUUUUGGCCACACCAAGAGCUGUGACCAGAGACUUCCCUCUGCCCUUUUCUGGUCUUGACGCCGCUUUAUGCGGUGCGGAUGGAGUUCGGGUAUUCAAAGGCCCAUCCUACUUCCAUUAUGAGAGUGCCUUUACCCUGUCUACGGCCAGAAUUGCCCCCGUGGCUGAAAAAAUUACCCAUGCCAACAUGGGAUGUCGGGAGUAGAAAAAAAAACACUUCAGCUCAUGAUCCAUAUUAGGACAUGUGAACGAUUCGGUUUUGUCAAAUAAACAUUUUGAAAUGGUUAA